AUGGUUGGUGGAGUUACCAGAAUAACUAAAAAGAUACAAUAUUUACUUGAAGAGAUCCUCAAGGAAGAAGUCCCCGGCCGCACGUAUCCAGUACGCCAAUACUUCUUGGAGGACUGCAUAGAGCUGACCAAGUUCGUGCCUCCGAUCGACUCGAGGAAACGCAAGUCCUCGGGCAAGAGGGCGAAUAAGGACGACGAGGAAGAUGACGAUGAAGGCGCUGGACGAAGGCCGCUACCAACCGGGCAACAUGGAAAGCAUUGGUCCCCGACGUAUUCGGUCCGUCAAUAUUUCUUAGAAGACUGCAUAGAGCUGACCAAGUUCGUGCCUCCGAUCGACUCGAGGAAACGCAAGUCCUCAGGCAAGAGGGCGAAUAAGGACGACGAGGAAGAUGACGAUGAAGGUCUGGGCGCGGACGAGCAAGAUGAAGAUUUGAACAAGAACUGCCAAUUGAGCAACGACUAUUCGCCGGAAACGACAAGGUCUCUACAACAACUCUCGGAAAAAGAUAUGAGCUUCGAACUCAUAGAAGCCAUACUGACCUACAUCGCCAAUCUGAACAAGGAAGGCGCCGUAUUAGUGUUCCUCCCCGGUUGGAAUCUCAUCUUCGCGCUGAUGAAGCAUCUGACCCAGCACCGGAUGUUCGGGGACCAGUCCCAGUUUGUGAUACUGCCGCUGCACAGCCAGAUACCUAGGGAAGACCAGAAGAAGGUGUUUGUUACGCCUCCACCAGGAAUUACCAAGGUGAUCCUAUCAACCAACAUCGCAGAAACGUCAAUCACGAUCAACGACGUGGUCUACGUCAUAGACUCGUGCAAGGCCAAGAUGAAGCUGUUCACGUCACACAAUAACAUGACGUCAUACGCCACUGUCUGGGCUAGCAGGACUAAUUUGGAACAGCGCAAAGGCAGGGCAGGCCGUGUGAGGCCUGGCGUUUGCUUCACGCUUUGCACACGAGCGCGCUUCGACAAACUCGAAGAACACCAAACGGCCGAGAUGUUCCGCACUCCGCUACAUGAGCUGGCUCUCAGCAUCAAGCUCCUCCGCCUAGGCAGUAUAGGCCACUUCUUGUCCAAGGCACCAGAACCGCCGCCGCUUGACGCCGUCAUAGAGGCAGAAGCCAUGUUGAGAGAACUGGGAUGUCUGGAUGUGGCCAACCAGGAUGCUUUGACGCCGCUAGGGACUAUACUCGCGAAGCUGCCUAUUGAGCCUCGCCUAGGCAAGAUGAUGGUCCUCGGCUUCGUACUGGGCGUGGGAGACGCCCUAACCACGAUGGCGGCCAACUCGACGACGUUCCCCGAGGUGUUCGCGCUGGAGGGCCGCCGCCGCCUGUCCGCGCACCAGCGCGCGCUGGCCGGCGAGCGCGCCUCCGACCACGUGGCCAUGCUCAACGCCUUCCAGAUGUGGGAGCGAGAGCGCAACAAGGGCGAAGAGAAAGAACUACAGUGGUGCGAGUGGAAGGGAGUGCAACAAACGACUCUACGGGUCACGUCUGAAGCCAAGUACCAGCUUAUAAACAUCCUGACGACCGCCAUCGGGUUCCCCGAAGAGUGCUGUGCGCCGGAACGCUGGAAUCCAACAGGCCCCGACCCAAUGUUGGAUCUCGUCGUAGCGCUCAUGUGCAUGGGGCUUUAUCCUAAUGUCUGUCUGCACCAGGGCAAGAGAAAGGUGCUAACAACAGAAGGCAAGCCGGCCCUCAUCCACAAGACCUCUGUCAACUGCAGUAAUCUCGAGCAGAAGUUCCCGUCGCCAUUGUUCGUGUUUGGAGAGAAAGUGCGCACGCGCGCUAUUAGUUGCAAGCAGACCACCAUGGUGGCGCCACUGCAUCUACUGCUCUUCGCUUGUAGGAAGGUGGAAUGGGUGGACAACAUGAUCCGCCUGGACAACUGGCUGAACCUAGAGAUGUGUCCGCGCGCGGCGGCGCUGGUGGUGGCGCUGCGGCCGGCCGUGGAGCGGCUGGUGGAGCGCGCCGCCGCCGAGCCCGACGCCGCGCUGCACUUCACGCCGCACGAGCAGAAGGUAGUGGACUGCAUAAAGGCACUCUGCAUCAUGGACGCCGGAGAUUACAAUAUCACGCGUGAAACGACCCCGCUCGCGUUCAGGCCCGAUGGAGCCAAGAGAGGAAACCGCGGGUGGGGUACUAGUGGUCCCCGCGCCGGCUUCGGAGGCGGUUUCGGCAACCGAGGAGGCUUCGGCAGCAACCAGGGCGGUUUCGGCGGCAACCAAGGCAGUUUUGGCGGCAACCAGGGCGGCUUCGGCGGCAAUCGCGGCGGAUUCGGCAACCGAGGCGGUUUCGGCGGCAACCGAGGCGGAUUCGGCGGCAACGACGGCGGAUUCGGAAAUAGGGGCGGUUUCGGCAACCGCGGCCGAGGUUUCGGCAGAGGGGGAUUCAGGGGAAACUCCAAUUGGCAUUACAUCCUGACGACCGCCAUCGGCUUCCCCGAAGAGUGCUGUGCGCCGGAACGCUGGAACCCAACAGGACCCGACCCAAUGUUGGAUCUCGUCGUAGCACUCAUGUGCAUGGGGCUUUAUCCUAAUGUCUGUCUGCACCAGGGCAAGAGGAAGGUGCUAACAACAGAAGGCAAGCCGGCUCUCAUCCACAAGACCUCUGUCAACUGCAGUAACCUCGAGCAGAAGUUCCCGUCGCCAUUGUUCGUGUUUGGAGAGAAAGUGCGCACGCGCGCUAUUAGUUGCAAGCAGACCACCAUGGUGGCCCCGCUGCAUCUACUGUUGUUCGCUUGCAGGAAGGUGGAAUGGGUGGACAACAUGAUCCGCCUGGACAACUGGCUGAACCUAGAGAUGUGUCCGCGCGCGGCGGCGCUGGUGGUGGCGCUGCGGCCGGCCGUGGAGCGGCUGGUGGAGCGCGCCGCCGCCGAGCCCGACGCCGCGCUGCAGUUCACGCCGCACGAGCAGAAGGUAGUGGACUGCAUAAAGGCACUCUGCAUCAUGGACGCCGGAGAUUACAAUAUCACGCGUGAAACGACUCCCCUCGCGUUCAGACCUGAUGGAGCCAAGAGAGGCAACCGUGGGUGGGGUACUAGUGGUCCCCGCGCCGGCUUCGGAGGCGGUUUCGGCAACCGAGGAGGCUUCGGCAGCAACCAGGGUGGUUUCGGCGGCAACCAGGGCGGUUUCGGCGGCAACCAGGGCGGCUUCGGCGGCAAUCGCGGCGGAUUCGGCAACCGAGGCGGAUUUGGCGGCAACGACGGCGGUUUCGGCAAUAGGGGCGGUUUCGGCAACCGCGGCCGAGGUUUCGGCAGAGGGGGAUUCAGGGGAAACUCCAAUUGGCAUUGAAGCAUUCCUACCUAAUUUUUGGACUAUAGUCUAUCGCCUAGGUACCUCAAUGACUAUAGUCUGUGAUAGAUCUAUAAUAAUAUGUGUUGUGUAUGUAAUAAAGUGACAAAGUUUAAAGAA